AUGCUAACUGCAAAUCUUCUGACACUUGCCCUACUGGCACCAGGAGCUCUCUCGUCAGCCCUACACCCUACGCGUCGCCAGUCCAGCCUGAGUAACUAUAUCCAAUCAGAAUCGUCUAUCGCUCUCCAAGGUGUGCUCGACAAUAUUGGUGCCAAUGGGUCGAAAGUUACGGGCGCCUCAUCUGGUAUUGUGGUUGCAUCCCCAUCCAAAGUGAACCCUGAUUACUUUUACACUUGGACCCGCGAUGCAGCUCUGACCUUGAAGGUCCUCGUUGACAGAUUCGUUGCGGGGGAUAGCUCGUUGGAAUCUAUCAUUCAGCAGUAUAUCUCUGCUCAGGCCAAAUUGCAAAUCGUCUCCAACCCUUCGGGCGAUUUGUCUGAUGGCUCAGGACUUGGCGAGCCCAAAUUCAACGUGGACAUCACAGCAUUUACCGGCGACUGGGGGCGUCCUCAGCGCGAUGGGCCAGCGCUGCGAGCGACCGCUUUGAUUGCAUAUGGUAAUCAUCUGAUCUCGGCUGGACAGGAGUCCGUCGUCACGUCAAACAUCUGGCCAAUUGUGCAGAACGACCUCAAUUACGUUGCGCAGUACUGGAACCAAACUGGAUUUGAUCUCUGGGAGGAGAUUCAAGGUUCCUCCUUCUUCACCAUCGCCGCGCAGCAUCGGGCCUUAGUGGAAGGAAGUGCGUUUGCCCAGUCGCUGGGUCAAUCAUGCACCGGGUGUGAUUCGCAAGCUCCCCAAAUUCUAUGCUUUCUCCAGGACUUCUGGAAUGGCACUUCUGUCAUCUCGAACCUGGCGAACGACGGACGCUCGGGCCUGGAUGCGAAUUCCCUAAUCAGCUCCAUCCAGACGUUCGACCCUGAAGCUGCAUGUGAUGACACGACCUUCCAGCCGUGUUCUGCACGCGCUUUGUCCAAUCACAAGUUGGUUGUUGACUCUUUCAGAUCGAUUUAUUCCGUCAACAGCGGUAAAUCUGCCGGUAGUGCGGUCGCUAUUGGACGCUAUGCGGAGGAUACUUACCAGGGCGGGAACCCUUGGUAUCUGGCCACUCUGGCUGCCGCUGAGCAAUUGUAUGACGCGUUAUAUCAGUGGAAUAAGCAAGGCUCGCUGGCUGUCACUCAGACCAACCUCCCAUUCUUCCAGGCCCUCGUCUCUUCCGCUGCCACUGGGGAUUACUCCAGCUCUUCAUCCACUUACUCCUCGCUCACUAGCGCGGUCAGAACCUACGCAGACGGAUUUAUGUCUAUCGUGCAGCAGUACACGCCCAGCAAUGGAUCAUUAGCAGAGCAGUUCACCAGAGAUAACGGUGUCCCUACCUCUGCCGGAGAUCUCACUUGGUCCUACGCCGCGUUCCUCACUGCCGAGGACCGCCGUGCUGGUAAUGUGCCGAGUUCCUGGGGCGCUUCUAGUGCGAACCAAGUACCUUCGCAGUGUCAAGGAAGCUCGGCGACGGGAAGUUACACGACUCCUUCUGUCGGUGCAUGGUAA